AUGGAAGAUGUGCCGCUAGAAACGAGGCGAAACAUGAUAUUCAUGCAUGAUGGCUGUCCGGCGCAUUUUAGGCUAGCUGUGAGAAGUUGGCUAGACCAAAACUUCCCCGACCGAUGGAUAGGUAGAGGUGGUCCAAUACCAUGGCCGGCACGUAGCCCCGACCUCACACCCAUGGACUUCUUCGUGUGGGGUCGAAUGAAAACUUUAGUUUAUGCCACUGACGUCCCUGUACCAAACGUUGAAGAUUUGCGCAACAGGAUAAUCCACGCAGCGCAGGAAAUACAAAGGGAGCUUACAGACUCAAGGGUUGUAAAAACGGGUGUCGUAAGAAGAGCACGAGCUUGUAUUAGAAAUAAUGGUGGACACUUCGAAAAUGAACUCUAA